AUUACUUCAAACUGAAGAGCCAGUAUUAUAGAAGGUUGAGCCAUCUGAAACUGAAUUGGCUGAUGUUUGACUAGGAGAAAACAUUUCCUGUAUAAUUUUCAAAAAUGAAUCACACAUACGCAGAAAAGUGGGAGUGAGUGUGUCAUGAUAAUCCAUGACCUGACAGUACUGGCAAAGGGGUCGGAGGUCAGGGUGACUAUUGGCAAUCCUGUAGCCUUGCCAGAGGGCGGCUUCAGUAUGGCAGCACUGCCUGCACCCACACGGCCAGCAAUAACGUCUCUUGCAGAGUCCAGGAUACAAGCAAAUGGCAGUGCAGGAUCCACCCACACACAGCCGUUGCUAUCUCAGAUGGGAAAUAACACUACUGAACUUUCACCUCCAGCUGACGAGCACAUAUUCCCACUCACUACUUCCAGCUGGUACCAGAACGAUUCUACUGAGCUAGAAAUUUCACGCAUCGGUCAUGACAUCGGCUUAGAAAUAGACAAAAAAAGUGCACAGAUGAAGCGUGGCUUUGCUAAUCUGUUAAACUGGAAUGAAAGUUUCUUUGCUGAAAUGAUAAAAACAAUAGAUGAAGGUGCACACAAAACACAUGAAAGUCUGUUGACAUUAAGUGAAAAUCUAGCUCCAUCAAAUCUCGUAACACAACGAUUUUCAUCCGUGAUCCAGAAUCUUCUGGUUGAAAAUGUUGCUUUAGCACAUCUUGUGAAGAAGCAGGCCCAGAGAAACAGAGUAACAGUUGAAACCUUCGCUAGAACACAAUUAGAAACUCUGCAGCCGUUCAAACAUUUUCUCAACAUUCAACUUCAUAAAUUUAAAGAAGUUGAGAGAAUCCAGAGAGAACAUAUAAAACAGCUAGAAGCUAAAUUGAAACAUAAAGAGGAGUUGCUCUCCAGAUUACAAAACCUAAUUAAUGUGGCCACUGAGGAUGAGAAGUUGUUUCAUCAUGUAUAAGCAGAAAAUGAAAAUUAUCCUCUGAAAUGGGAAUGACAUUGAUGUGUUUAAGUUUAUAGAUUAUGGAGCGGGACUCCAGUUUACAAGAAUUAUUUGAAAUUGUUGAGAGAAUGCAGAAGAAUAUCAAGGGCCCUAAACCGUAAAUUCAUUUCAUUACAGGAGCUGGAUUCCAAUUUACAGAAAUUGAUUGGAAAAUCCGUUUCUGUAAACUGGAGUCCAGCUCCUGCAAUAAAAACAUUUAGCUGUGAUAAAUAUUUAUUUACAAAAAUCAAAUACCAACUUAAC